CGCACACCUUAACCUCGUCCUUCACCCUCGACGAUGACGAGGGCUCUGUUACUCUUACCGUUGCUUUCGGUCGGCAUCCAUGCCGUACCGACUGUUCCAGGCGAAGUACAAACCGUCUUGAGUGACCUAGCCGCUUACUCCAACCUGGCUGCAAGCGUGUUUGGCAGUGUCGCAGACGGUAUCGAGCACCUUGUCCACGACGCUCUCGAUGGCGCCAAGGAUUUCCUUGGAAAGGAGAAAGUCGGCAUCUACGAAUGGGCCUAUGGCGCGGGAGGACAGUUCGUUCACCAGGAUGGCAUGACCUAUGAGCUUGUUGCCCACCCUGCUUUCGCGGAGCAUUCUUUGCGGUUCACUGAGCCUGACAUUUGCGACUCGACGGUGAAGCAGUACUCUGGGUACUUGGAUAUCACCGAUGGAAAGCAUCUAUUCUUCUGGUUCUUCGAGGCCCGUAAUAACCCGGGCGAGGGGCCUCUGAUUCUUUGGUUGAACGGCGGUCCAGGAUGCAGCUCCUCCACAGGGCUGCUUUUCGAGUUGGGUCCUUGCAACAUCGCUGACGAGGGCAAGAACACCACCUACAACGAGUUUGGGUGGAAUACUCACGCCAACAUUAUCUUCCUUGACCAACCUAUCAACGUCGGAUACUCGUAUAGUGACGACGGUUCGACGGUGAACACCAGCCCGGUCGCCGGCAAGGACGUGUAUGCGUUCCUUGAACUCUUCCUUGCUCGUUUCCCGAAGUACGCCUCCCUGCCCUUCCACAUCGCCGCGGAGUCGUACGGGGGCACGUAUGCGCCCAAUAUUGCGAGCGUCAUCCACCAGGCCAACAAGGCGCUUGCUACCAUGGGCACUCGCUCGCCGGUUCCUGGGGAUAUCCGAAUCAACCUCGCUUCCGUCAUCCUUGCUAAUGGGUUGACCAACCCCCUGAUACAGAUGGCCAGUGUUCCGGAUUAUGCCUGCGAGGGCCCUUUCGCCAUCUUCGAGCCUGACGGGCCCCAGUGCCAAAGCCUACGCAGCAAAGUUCCCACCUGCGAACGAUUGAUCCAGUCCUGCUAUGAUUACAAUUCGCGAUUCACCUGUGUACCCGCGGCGCUGUACUGCUGGAGUCAGUUGUUCGGACCCCUGCAACAGACUGGUCUGAAUCUCUACGACGUACGCAAAAAAUGCGAUAAGUCGAAGGAUGGUGAUCUCUGCUAUAAGGAGAUGACCUGGAUUGACACUUGGAUGAAUACCGAUGCAAAUAAACGUGCACUGGGCGUGAACCCCGACCUCAAGUUCCAGUCUUGCAAUAUGGAAGUCAAUCAAGCGUUCAUGUUCCAGGGCGAUGGGAUGCAUAACAGCGCUGACCUCCUCCCCGAACUCGUAAACGAUGGCAUUCGUCUCCUUGUGUAUGCUGGCAAUGCAGACGCCAUGUGCAAUUUCAUGGGUAAUGAACGCUGGGUGUCACAGCUCGACACGGAAUUUCAUGAAGAGUUCUUGGGUGCGCAAUCCCUUCCCUGGGUCACCGAGAAGUCUGGUCAGCUGGCGGGAGCUGUCCGCAGUGCCGGAGGCAAAGGAUACACAGCUGGAAAUGUGACUUUCCUAAACGUGUAUGAUGCCGGCCACAUGGUCCCUUACGAUCAGAGUGAAGCCGCUUUGGACAUGAUCACUCGCUGGUUGAAGGACGUCCCACUCUCACUUUGAGUGAAGCCAAGUUAUACUGUGUCAAUGUAGAUGAUCUGUACAGUCGCAUGAAUAUGUGAUGCGACCUUAAUUGAAUCGGCAUGGAGAUCGGGAAAAAAAGAUACGGCCCGAUUAUUCAGUCGCCUAUCCGCGACUUGUUAUGGUGCUCAGAUGUAACAAGCAUAACGAGGAGAGUUUUCUUCCCAACCGACGCAAUGCCAGCAAUCGAGUAUGUGAUCGGGGUCGUAUGUCUUCUUGAUUUCCAAUAGUUUCUCGUAGUUGGAGCCCCAGAAAGCCUUUUGCCAAUUGGGCUCAUGAACGUCCGCCUCGCUCACAUAGGCUGCAUCGGGUGUGAUGGCCCUUAGAGGCGCAAUGGCACGACUCACGGUAUCAUAUUUCUCCUUCUUUUCUGCCAGGGUCGAGUUAAAAUUGAAGUCGGCCGUGACCACGGUAUGGUACAGGGACGUCCUCCAUGCUGGGUGAACGCUCGUAGCACCCUCUUCAUGGGCGAAGGAUGCAGGUGGGGUCGCGAGUAUGAACCCACCGGGGGCCGUACUGUAUGCCUCCAGAAGGGCGUUCAACAGUGUCUCACGCGAGGCGGCGGAUGCGAAGUUAUCGCGCGGUAUGAGUCGCGAAGCCACUGUUUGGGGAGCACCUGUCUCCGCUGGAUGAGGUGCAAGGAAUGCAGCGAACAAAUCGUGCCACUUGGGGAAUUCAAAUUGUUUGACGAACGCUUGCGGCACGUUCUCCUUCGCGAGCUUGUCACCGAAGCUGAGCACGGGUGCCAUUGCCUCCUUUGCGGCGUUCGCGUCGAGCUUGGGCGUCAGGUACAAGAGCAUGGAUUUAUAGAUGUAGCCCCCGUAUCCUUUCUCGGCCCACUGCACAGCGUUGUCGAGUGCAAUGGACCAUAAAUCCCGGGUGUAGGCAUCGGGUUGGGUUGUAUUGGAUGCCCAAGAAAGGAGUGUGACUUGCAGGUUUAGAACCGGUUGGACUUUCUGGGUAGCCUCCAUGACGACACCGAAUGUGCCACCUCCACCGCCCCUAAGAGCCCAGAAAAGAUCUUGAUUUUGACAGGCAUUCGCAGUCAGGUAUUCGCCGGUGGGGGUGACGAUCUUAAACUGGAGAGCGUUGUCUGCACCCAUUCCGUAGUUUAUUGACAGCGCUGAAUGGCCACCUCCCUGCAGCCACCCUCCAGAAGCCCCAACGGAAGCAUCCGUUCCCCCAACAAUCGUGACGUUGUGAGCAUCGGCGAAAGCGUACACUUCCUUCCACAAAACACCACCCCCGGAGGUGAUAGCUAUCGCUCCUUCGCCGCUGCACCCGUCUGCGACGAAGUCGGGGUGAAACAUCAGCGCCUUCAGUUUAUUAACGGAGAUUCCCAAUGACUCUGGUGCGGAACUCCGGCCCUUAUAGUCGUGUCCGGUAUUCCGAAUGGCAAUCGGUAAGUCCAGGGCCUUCGCGAAAGAGAACGCGUAUUGCACGUCUUCUGGCUUCUCAACAUCAACAUAAGCCCUAGAUAUGCUACCAUACUCGCAUCGGUAAGGAACGGCGGUCGCUUUGUCAUUUGAAGGGUUCGUCCAAUCUAGGAUGCACUGUUCGCCCGUCGCCUGACAUCCUUCCCAUUGGGUAUUGGACAAAGCACCCAGAGACGCAGCCCUGACAACUCCAUCGAGAUAGUUUUCCUUGACAAACUCGCACGCGGAAGAAUUCACGGUUUGCUGUAUUCCGUCGACUUCGGAGAAGCACGGGGCGGCCCACGGCUGUGUCGUGGUCAAGCGUCCUUCGACUUGGUCAUAGAGCAGCGACCAUUGCUCCGGGGUUACUGCUGAGAUGGGCGAACCGGACAAGGGCCCCUGGGCGAACGGGCCUACCGAGAAGGGAAACUGGGCCAAGGACAUUCGGUUGUGG